CCCACAGACCACGGCCUCUGCUCCAGUCGGUACUCCUGCCCCAGGGGGGCCAUGGGCCGGAUCUCGGGGCUCGUGCCCUCUCGCUUCCUGACGCUCCUGGCGCAUCUGGUGGUCGUCAUCACCUUGUUCUGGUCGCGGGACAGCAACAUCCACGCCUGCCUGCCUCUCACGUUCACCCCCGAGGAGUACGAGAAGCAGGACAUUCAGCUCGUGGCAGCGCUGUCCGUCACUCUGGGCCUCUUUGCAGUGGAGCUGGCCGGUUUCUUCUCAGGGGUUUCCAUGUUCAACAGCACCCAGAGCCUCAUCUCCAUUGGGGCUCAUUGUAGUGCAUCUGUGGCCCUGUCCUUUUUCAUAUUCGAGCGUUGGGAGUGUACCACGUACUGGUACAUUUUCGUCUUCUGCAGUGCCCUCCCAGCUGUCACUGAAAUGGCAUUGUUCAUCAGCGUCUUUGGACUGAAAAAGAAACCUUUCUGAGACCUUCGUGACGGGAACAUAGGGAUGACGGUUCGAGGAACACGGGACCACUCACCAUUCCUGGACCGAGGAAGGCAGUCUUCAGCCCUCAAAUUGCAUUUGAUGGAGGAUGUCAGUGUUAGGGUAAUUAUCACUCGAGUCUGGGAUUAUCAGCGUUUUCUUUAGUGCUUGUAAUAAAAUAUAUCUUAGAGUAAGAUCAAGACUUACGACAAUUCUAGGGGAGAAUUGGGGCGGCCAAACUGCUAGAGAAACGGAAGGCUGUUUUCCAGCCUUGCAGACUGUACGAUAAUACGUGUGGCUUUUAGUUUGGUUAUUACGGUAGACGUCUGACGGAAGGGGGCCGGUGGGCGGAGAUAUGUAAAUAAAGUCCCCGCGAUUUUGGGGCCAAGCUCGUGAGUGGAGCAUUCUGGGAGGAAUUAGGUUGUCUCUUUUUGGCAGUCAAAUCGGGAAAGAAAUAUUGUUUAAUUCUGCAAAUAAACGAGCAACGGUAACGGAAGACCCUGAAUAACAUCGGGUUGCUCGGGCUAGCCCAUUAACUACUCACCCUAGCUGCAAGCGGGACCUUUUUCCCUGAGUAAGGAACGCACGUGUAUUUCCGUUUAUCGUCAGGUAGGAUAAUCCUUACCUGUUCCUCCUUCGGGAGGGCAGAUUGGAACAUGAUGAUUGGAGAUCGCAUGACUCGUGAUUAACGUCUCUGCGUAAUCAGGACUUGCAACACCCUGAUUGCUCCUAUCUGAUUCUGCCUGACGAUCCUCACCUUUGUUUUUAUGGGAAGUGAUAGAUUUUUGUUCUUUGGGUGUGAUAGUGGUGCAACCACCAAGGUCAUGCUGCGUAUUGCGGCUGGGGAGGGAUGGUGACUGUUUGAAAUCUUACUGACAGUAGCUCGUAUUUUGGGAUUCGUAUUCUCCUUCUAUGGGUUGACGGUUUUCCGGAAACUUCCAUCAUCCGAUGACUGGUCUUGGGGUGUUUUUGAACGACACAAUCUUAGUGGGGCGGCUCCUUAAGGGAGGAGCCGAUUAGUGUUCCACGAGGUUAGUUAAUUGUUACAAGGGAAGAACUGGUUGGUUUCCAGGUUUCCGUGAAGUCGCUGUUAAUAUUUCAUCAAACUUGGUGUCGCCAGUGGUUUAUUAUCAGACCGAGGCCAGAAGGGCCACCUGGGCGUAGCUUCCGCUGUUCCUCGGUGGUCUGAUGAGUACCCCCCACCUCUGCCUGCCAGCACAUGGCAAGAACACGUCCAAAAGGAGAUUAUUUGAACACGCUAUUAGGCAUUGGACAAACACUGCCAGAGUCUGAGGUGCCACCUUGUUUCAGAUCAAGGGUCGUGUUUACUAGGGAAGGUUCAGUGUAUGUUGGGAAGGUCCUCUGUGCAUUUUUUCAGUCCCAAAUGGGGGAGCCCUGGCCAUUCGAAAUAAGCAGAAGGCAUCCAAGGAGAUGCUUUCUGGUGAGGCCCCUCAGGUGAUGCCCCCCCCCCCCCCCCCCCCCGCUUUUCCCUUCUGGAGGAUCGUCCCUUCUGGCAGCCCUUCAUCCCGAGCACUCCUUCAAUAAAUACUUCUUGAGCAUUUCCUAUAUGCAAAGCUCUGUAGGAAGUACUGACUGAGGGAAGAGUGUGAAUAUGGUCCGUGCUCAGCCUCACGAUGGAGCCAUCGUGGCGCAUGGAGACCGACCAGAAACAAGUUCCCCUCUUCGCGGAGUACUUGCAGAGCAAAUUGUGGUAAGAGCCCUAAAGGAGAAUUACAGAGGCUACGGAGCAGGAGUAUUGCUCGUAUAGGAGCAGUUGGAGUUGAGGUCCUGGAGUGUGGCUGGGGAAAGUCACAUCCCACUGCGGUCUGUGUGCUUCACGAUUUGUGAAAGCCGACCUUUUGUGUUUCAGAAACGUUGUGGGCGAGUUGUGAAACAGCUCUUAUCAGAAAUGAUACAAACAGUUAAAUUGUAUUUAAAAACAGAGGUCAUAAAUACUCAAAACUCA